AUGUUUGGCCCAGAGCUUCUUGAUGCCGCGAUGUUUGCAGCUCGGCUUCGCGUGUUUUGUUGUUGCGUUUUGUUACAUUGUUACAGUUGCGGCGAAGCAAAGUCCGAGAAUGCGAAGAAUGUCGACAUCCGAAGCUGGGAGCCCGCCGAGACCCAGUACUGGCUCCACGAUGCACGCUCCUUUCAAGCGCUGGACAAGAUGGGAGCAUUCCCGAUACUCAACUUCACAAGAGACUCUCUAAGACCUGAGACUUUCGACCGACUGGUGCAGGAAGGGCGGCCCUUUGUAGUCAGAGGACUGGGUAAGGCCCACCCCAUGAAGAACUGGGACUGCGACUUUUUCCGUCAUCAAGACUUGUUUCGAAAUGUGCAAGGCCGCCGAGAGUAUGCCGACACUGCAAGUCAACAGCCACAAUGGAUGCCUUUGCAUAACAUCAUGUCAAGUUCGAUGGUUGAUCUGCCCGAAGCAAAGAAGACAGGUGCCGGGACGUCUCCGUAUUAUGUGGGCAUUAAGGAUGUUCAGUAUCGCAGUCCACACGAACUUAGUCUAGAUUCUCACUAUAGUCCGACUUGGACCCGGGAACUGCUGGAAUUCGUUCAGAACCAUACUGUUGUGCCAGAGUUCAUGCGAGGCAACAACAUGAGAAGUCUGCGAGACACUCCUGAGUUCUGGUUUGUCCAGGGUGGCGGCGAGAGCACAGGCGCCAAAGCUCAUGUCGAUGUCCAUCCCGAGUCAACAUGGAGCUUGCAGCUCUGUGGAGAGAAGCGAUGGCGCGUCGCAGCAAUCUCACCCCGAGCAGCCCCGCACGUUAUGAAGCUCUAUCAAGAUGGGCAAAUCUACAACAGAUCCGAGCAUCGGUCAUGGAAUCUCUUUGAGGAUGCUGUGCUUUUUCCUGGAGAUGCAUUGUUUUUCGGACCUGCUUUCAUUCAUCAGACUUUAUCCGAGGGCGUUGGGCCAGCUGCCUCCAUCACCUGGCAGUUUGACGAUCCCAUGCCUGCAAACUUCAUGCGGGCCUUCAUGCCGCGGCUGCGCUUCACAGCGGAUUGCCAUGCCUUGUGGCCACGCAUGCAGCAUCUUGUUCAAUGGGCACAAAGAACAGACAUGCAGAAGAUUCAACAGUCGUCGGAUUUGUGCGUGUUUCUUGAUAUGGAUGGAGAUGGCUCUGUCACAGAAUCGGAGCGGACAGCAGUUGUUUCCCUAUGGAAAGCACUCAUCUCGGAAGUUAAAGCAAAGGUGCCCCGAAUUCUCCGACAGCGGAUGCAGUUGGGUCUUGAGGCAGUCGUUGAAGAUCAGCAUGAACUCGCAGACCUACCGAAGAAAUUACGAGACGCCGUGCAGCAGUGGGAGAUCAUGGCACUGCAAUUGGAUGCUGCCGUGGAAUCCGACUUCUCUGCUCGGGGCGAGCUAUAA